AUCUCAUGCUGGUUUUAAGCAAGAAAAAUGUUUUCGGUGAAAUAGAUUGUAAAGUAUAAGCACUAUCGGAGUUGUAAAUUUUCUCAUAAAAUUAAAGUUAAAAAUGUCUAUUCGAGAUAUUAAGGUCCCAAACGUAUACUCCAACGAAAAUGAAAUAAAGAACGAGAAUUUUAUCUACAACGAUUUGCUCGUAAGAGCAUUAGUCCAAUUAUUCCCACGAGAAGAAAGAUCACUCAUACAUCUAUGGCUGGAAAAAUUAAAGAGUACACAUACGGAUAAUGUGGAGAAGCUUUCCAAUCGUAAUAAUUAUAUGUGGUUAUUACUCUUUGUUUUACAAAAUGGUAACUUAAUCGAGCCAUUUGAUGAACCACCACCUGUCGACGAAUUGCCCCCAAUCUCCGACAUCAUGCCGGCGCAAAUGAUUGAAGAAUUGAUAUCGUUGCCGGACAUAAAUUUCCCUCAAAGUGACUGGACCAGUUCUGAUACGAAUGUAAUGGAUAUGAAGGAAACUUAUUCUACUGGUAUGCCACCUCACAAGUUUCUGGAAUAUCAACCAUGUCCUGUCAAUGGAAUAUCCUGCUAUUUUUCGAUAUUUAGCAGAUCUUCUUAAAGGAAGAAGCUUUCUUUUUCCAAACAAAUUCAUAAAUCAUGAAGAAUGGAAUAAAUUAUCAAGGAAACGUAAAUUAGAUAUUUACUCUCAUAAAUGAAUUUAUUAAAAAUGUAAAACCUUUAGAGAUACAUAUCGACGAGCAAACUAGUUUUUGUAACUUCUCCAUUUUUCUCAGGUCAUGAAGUAAAUCUCUUUUUUUUUCUUCUUUUUUUUUUAAAAAAGUAAAAAAUAGAAUGAAUGAGAAUGAAAUCAUAUAGAGUGAAAAAGCAUAAUCAUCAGAGAGCUAUGCGUAAAUAAUAAAUAAUUAAUCAUUUUAAUAUAUUAUUUAUUUGGU